UCCCGCUCGGCGUGCCUGCGCGCCUGCAUGCAUCUGUCGUGCACCCUGCACACGCUCCCAUCGUGCGUCACCGACAGCGGGCACGGCGCACCCCACACGGCGCCCUGCUCCGCCUGCCGCGCGAGACCUGGACAGGCCUCUCUCUCUCGCAGCAGCAGCGUCCGCGAUGCUUCACUCGGGCCCGCAAGGUGUGGCGCGGACGGCAGCAGGCAACGUCUGCCAUCGCAGCGACGUCGUAGAGCGUGCUCCACACGCGUCGAGCCGCAUGCAGCACCAUGACGCGCACGCGCAGCGAGGCGUGGCAGCCGCACCGUGCAGCCGCAGGUGCAGAGCCGCAGGCCAGCAUGCAGCAGUGCGCUGCCGUCCAGCGUGGAGAGCCUCCGAGCUGCGCGGUGGGAGGCGUCCCUCGACGCACACAUGCUUCCACGGCGACGGCGAGCAGACAGAAGGUCGCUGCGGCAGUGUCUGCCGGCGCGGGCGGCGCACCUCCUGAGCGCCGGCAGCGGCGCCCGGAAGGCAGCCGCCUACCGGCCCGGCGGUCCGCCGCUUCCGCACGCUCCCGCUCCCCCACGCUUCCGCCGCCGCCGGGCCGUUGGCGCGGAGCCCGUUCCUGCAGCAGGGCAGCAUCCAUGCGCCGGCCGCGCGACCCGACGAAGCGGCGCCGGCGCCGCACAUCAUCAGCUCGCCUCGAUAUGCGAGAUGCGACAAGCACCCAUGGCCGGCAGGCAGCUCUGCCUCGGCGUCGGUGGGCGAUCAAGACGCACACGCACGGCGCUUCCCACGGCGUGCGGCGAUCUCCCGCCGGCGCCAAGACGCAUGACAGCCGCGCCAACAGGACCCUGCGCCGCGUCGCGCCGCCGCAGACAGCACAGAGAGAAGGAGUGGCAAUGGCGAGGCGUCGCGGUGGCCGGCACCGGCGCGCCAGGGAUUAACAAGAGGCGUGUUGGGGGAGGAGUGGGACAGCUGUGGUGGGCGUGAUGGCAGGUGGCCCUCACACGGGCACGGCGCCGGCUCGCAUGCGCUCGACGCCCAUCAGCAGGCGCCGCUGCGCG